AGAAAGAAUCAAAACUUGUGCGGAAAAAAAAGUGAAAAAGCAGAGAUGCCACAGUCCCACAUCAACAGGCUACUCUCUUUGGAGAAGACCAGAGAUUGACCUCCCAUAACCAAAAAAAAGAGAGAAAAAAAAAUCCCAUAUCCCAUACCUUCACGCCACAGUCUAUAAAAACAGGAUCAGAGGACGAAACGUAAACAAAUUAUUUCUCUUUCUCUUUCUCUUCAAAGGGUCUUACAAUUUAGGCUGCAGGAAAAGAAUGGCACAGUACAGUAAUGGUAGUUCAUCUGUUCAUCAAGGAGAAUCAAGCAACCACAGCCAUUUGGUAUCGGGGCCACCCCUCAUCGUCUCCUACAACGAUCGGAUCCGCCCCCUCCUCGAUGCCGUAGACAAGCUCCGUCAUCUCAUGAUCAUGAGAGAAGGCAUCCAACUGCCUACCAUAGUUGUUGUCGGCGAUCAAUCAUCAGGCAAGUCGAGCGUCCUCGAGUCGUUAGCUGGCAUCAGCCUGCCUCGAGGUCAGGGCAUCUGCACCAGGGUGCCUCUGAUAAUGAGGCUCCAGAACCACCCUGAUCCCGAACCCGAGCUUAUUUUGGAGUACAACGAAAAAACGAUCCACACAGACGAAUCGUUCAUCGCAGAAGACAUCGGUACAGCCACAGAGGAGAUUGCUGGCACUGGCAAAGGGAUAUCAAAAACACCUCUGACUUUGGUAGUGAAGAAAAAUGGUGUUCCUGAUCUUACCAUGGUUGAUCUACCUGGAAUUACUAGAGUGCCUGUUCAAGGCCAGCCUGAAGACAUUUAUGACCAAGUAAAAAAUAUAAUCAUGGAGUAUAUUAAGCCAGAAGAGAGCAUCAUCUUGAAUGUCUUGUCUGCAACCGUCGAUUUUCCAACUUGUGAGUCGAUCCGAAUGUCUCAGAGUGUUGACAAGGCUGGGAUGAGGACGUUGGCAGUGGUGACCAAGUCCGAUAAGGCGCCCGAAGGCCUGCACGAGAAGGUCACUGCCGACGAUGUCAAUAUCGGGCUUGGUUAUGUCUGCGUUAGGAAUCGGAUCGGUGAUGAGACGUACGAGGAAGCUCGAGUUGCUGAAGCCAAACUGUUCACAACUCAUCCUCUUCUCUCUCAGAUUGACAAAUCCAUUGCGGGCAUUCCUGUCCUGGCUCAAAAGUUGGUGCAAAUCCAAGCAGGUAGCAUAGCAAGAUGCAUGCCAGAAGUGGUUAAGCAGAUCAAUGAAAAGUUAGCUGCAAACAUCGCUGAGCUUAACAAGAUGCCGAAGAAACUAUCGACAGUCGCUGAGGCGAUGACGACAUUUAUGCAGAUCAUUGGACAAGCUAAAGAGUCCCUUCGAAAGGUCCUCCUCCGAGGAGAAUAUGACGAGUUCCCCGAUGACGAAAAGAUGCAUUCGACAGCCCGGAUGGUCGAGAUGAUCAACCAGUACUCGCUCGAGCUUCACCAAUGUAUCAAAACUGACAACACAGCCAACUUCCUAAUGGAAGAGAUCAAAGUCUUGGAGGAAUCUAGAGGCAUUGGACUCCCAAACUUCCUUCCCCGCGCCGCCUUCCUCUCGAUCUUGCAGAGGAAAGUGAAUACAAUAUCUAAUUUACCUGUCGAGUUUUCCAUGAAAGUUUGGGACUACAUUCAGGCCAUCGUCCUCGCCGUGCUGAUGCACCAUUCGGAACACUAUCCACAGCUCCAGAAGCCCAUAAGACGAGCUGGGAAGAACGUUGUGGAAGCGAUGAAAGACAGAUCGGUGAGCUGGAUAACAGAGGUUGUAGAAAUGGAGAAGCUCACAGACUACACCUGUGAUGCUGCAUACACAACAGAAUGGAGCAAGCUCAUGGCUCAUCAGGAGGCAUUCUUAAAUCAAGUCUUGAGAAGCGAUUACCACCCGGCUUCUGUGUUCAUCGAGGAUUUCGGACAGGUGGAAGUUGGGAAUCUGUGGCAGCAUCCGGAUGUUCUUCAGCAGGCUUUUGACUUGAAGAUGAGGAUGACGGCAUAUUGGAAGAUUGUGUUGAGGAGAAUGGUGGACAGCACGGCGCUGUACUUGCAGUACAGCGUGCAGAAUCUGGUGAACAAGGAGAUCGAGAGGGAGACGAUUGGCGAGCUGAUGAACCCGACGGGGGGUGGGAUCGAGAGGAUGUUGGAGGAGUCACCAUCACUGUCUGUGAAAAGGGAGAAGCUGAAGAACAGUAUCAAGUUGCUCAAGGAGUCAAAGGAGAUUGUUGGGAGUAUUGUGGAUUCUGUCUCAACCACUGGAGAUCAGUGAAAGUGAAUUCAUGGUAGUUUCCUUUCUAAUGCUUUGGAUUUGUGUGUUCUAUAACGAAGUUUUUAGUUGUGCUUUUUCUUUAACGUAGUUGCCCUGCCGUCCCCUCAUUUGUCUUUCUGCACCAUUCUGGAUCAUUUGUGGCUUUUUUUAGUACUUCAUAUGUUUUAUUUAGACGUAAUAGAAAUAGGAGGAGCGGACAUCUGAAGAAAAUACGUCACGUUA